AUGCACGAAUGCCUCACCAAAGCCGUCGUCGACCCUCACAUCCAGCACGAGGCAGCACCUUCGGAACCAAGCCUACAACGCUCAAGCUCGUCGCCAGUCUGCCCGGUUAGGUUGACACCUCUUCCUAUCGGCUGCCCCUCGACCGUUGCCACCUCCGCGAGCAUCGCCUGCUCUCUGCCCGAAGUGAUCCUCUCGCAAGCAGAUCGACCCCUUCCGCGCUUCACCAAGAUGACUUCGUCUCCAUCUGGCAACACGCUGCUGCUCAAGCGUCAGCUCACCGAGCUGCGCAAGCGACCCGUGGACGGCUUCAGCGCCGGUCUCAAGGACGAAAGCAACCUUUUCGAAUGGGAGAUCAUGAUCAUCGGACCCAACGACACGCUAUACGAAGGCGGCUUCCUCCGCGCCGAGUUGAUAUUCCCACCAGAGUACCCGCUUUUGCCGCCCAAGAUGAAGUUCAUCACGCCCAUGUGGCAUCCCAACAUCUACGCCGACGGCACCGUUUGCAUCUCCAUCCUCCACGCUCCUGGCAAGGACGAGUACGGCUACGAAGACGCCAGCGAGCGUUGGCUUCCCGUGCAUACGGUCGAGUCGAUCCUCAUCUCCGUCAUCAGCCUGCUGUCGGCCGACGUGCCCAACACCGACUCGCCAGCGAACAUUGAUGCCGCCAAGCAGGUCCGAGAGGACCUCACAGGCUACAAGAAGAAGGCUGGUAAGGCAGUCGGCAGAGGAAGCAUUCGACUAGAGCCCCAGUCGGUCGCGCACGGUCUUGCGCUGCCUCGAUUCAAGUGCCUCGAUUCAAGUCGCAUAGACCAGGUUCAACGCACUACGGGCCGCCCCAGUGCAUUCAUCGUCCGUCCCAUGUACCAUCAGCAUCUCCCCACCUCGAAUCUUGGCUCAGCCUGA